AUGUCUUCGCCUGUGCCUGACCUCGAGGCACACAUGAGUCAUGUCGCCGAUCAAACGAUCGCGUUGCGAGCAAGCGAUUUUGGCGGCGACGCAGUCUUGCAGCAUCUUAUGACCCAGCUCAACACAAAGGGCAUAGUCCGGAAGCCUAUCGACGUGCCCGACCUGACGCCUACUGCGAGUCAGAAGCUAGCAGAAAUCCUUCAGGCUGUUCUGGACAAUCGCUCGAUUGAGCAAGCCCACCAAGAGGCUACUGCAGUAAGAUAUCAAGAGCUUUUGAGAAACUCUCAAACGCUCGAAAGAGCACUCAGCGAUCUUGAAAAGCAGCUCCUUACCAGUCAGCAGGCCGCCGCUCGCGCUCAAAAUCAACUAGCGCAGGCCAGACGAGAAUGCGAAUUGGAAACAAAGAGAAGCAAGUCAGCGCGCGAUGAGGCGCUCAAAGUGAGAAGCGCGUCAGAGCUGCUGAAAGCCCAGCUAGCCCAAGAGCAACGCAAUCGACAAGCAACAGCUAUACGACCAGCUGCGCAAACCGAUGCGACCUACCAAUCGCUCGAUCGUCAGCUUAAGCAAAGCGAAGAGGCCCGCACCGAGCAUGCGCAGUCGGAACACAUUCUUCGAGCACAGCUUCUUGCCCUUGAGGACGAUAUGAAGCGGAUCCUUGCGCAAGCCAACGUCGAGCCGGCCAUCUUACGCACAAGUCAAGCUGCGUCGAAGGACGAGAAAAGCAAGCAAUCUGUGCAGUCUGCAGCAUACCUAUCGACGUUGCUCUUUCAGAUCAGAGAUCACGCGGCUGAACGCUUCGAGGACGCCAGCGAUCGGUACCGAGCAGCAGAGGCAGAAAUUCUGCAGGUCAAGCGCCAAAACGAUAGCGCCCUGAUUGCGUGUCAGAGCAAGAUCGCAUCGCUCAAUGCGCAGAUCGACGAACGCGAAUCGGACCGUGCUGAUAUGGCCGAGCUCUUGGCGCGCCUCCAAGGCAAUCUGACCAGUUGCCGAAUCAGUGCUGAUCGCGACCUGGCAGAGGCGAGGACUGAGGCAGACAGUCUUCGUAAAGCGCAGAUUACCGCGCUAGAGGAGCAGCUCGAGACUGCAGAGGCAGAGCUCGCUCGCUUAAAUGCACGCAUUAGUAUGCUGGAGUCGCAAACGGCGCGACUGCAACAAAGUCAGCAAUCAGAGACGCGUCAGAACUUCGCAGUCACAUCUGGCACCCAAGGGACUACUGGUCAUGCAGAUGCGGAUGAGCAAGAGCGCCAGCCGAGCGAACGGUUUGCUUCGCGCCGCCUUGCCGCCGGUCGCUCCACUAUUCUCGCCAUGUCUGAUCUGCCAUCUCCAGCUAAACGAACGCGAACGCGGCCUCUCGACGAUACCGCGCCCAGAACAGCCCUACAAGCUCAUGACAAUUUACCGCGUGAAUCAUCGAACUCCUCUGACGCCAAAGUCAAGAAAUCCAGUCGGCCAGGAAGGAAGACUGGCGAUCGCAAGCCAGCCAAGAGUGUCCGAAUCAGUGAGCAGUCGGCAAGCAAGCGACCGAGGAUGUAG